CAAAAUAUAAGGACUAUUUAGGAUUUGCACUUUACCAUUAAAGUGUCCCAACUACAAGUACCACAACACGAUUAUCUAUAAAAAAAAACGCAGACAAAUAGAGGGGUUUUAGCCUUUUAGGCAUUUCUGCUAGGGUUUAAGGGUUCACUCUCUCUGUACUCAUUUCAUUCACAACUCUGUAAAAGGAAAAGGCGAAAUUCUCAGAGAAAACAUAGUUCAGUUUGAUCAUGUUGCCUCUCCGACGAGUCUUGAAUCCCUUCAGGAAACAACGAUUAUGGGCGAGUACUUCCCAGUUCGGCUUUGUGGAGUUAGAAACAGUACGAUGUUCACUGGAGACUUGCACUUCAGAAUAUGAUGGUUCUGGGACCAUGGUAACUGAUGGAUCCCGGUUCCUGAAACAAUUUUUUAGCACCAGAUGUAAUUCUCCAAAAUCACUUAUGGGUGCUGGUUGCUUUUCUUCGCUUGCUGGAACAAAAAGCAGUGGAGAAGAUAGUGAUGACUUGGACGAGGGUUUUUCAGAGCUUGAAUCUUCAACAGCCUCUGUUCCUAGUGAAGGAAACCAUGUGCUUGAUGACGGUGACGAUGAUUUAAGUUCUGAACCGGACCUUGAAGUUGAUAAUGAAGAUAUUGAUGUGAGCAGACCCGGGGAGCUUGAAUUAUCAGAAACAGAGGGAGAUCAUGAUAAGAAAUAUGUAGGGAGAGCAGAUUCUCGAGAAUUGUCUAAGGCCAUCUUGGCUGCUCCACGUUUGCCGGUCCAUAAGGUUGUUGGAAAAUGGAUUGAGGAAGGAAAUGAGCUGACUAGGUCAGACAUAGCAUCAACAAUGCUCAGUCUUCGUAAGCUUCGGAUGUUUGGAAGGGCUUUACAGUUUUCUGAGUGGUUGGAGUCGAGUGGCAAUGAGUUUGGUGAGAGGGAGCAUGCUUCUCGUCUUGAUUUGAUUUAUAAAGUGCGUGGUCUUCAGAAGGCUGAGAAUUACCUUGAGAGCAUUCCAAAAUCAUUUCAAGGUGAAAUUGUUUAUCGGACGCUUUUGGCUAAUUGUGUUUCAGUAGCAAAUAUAAAGAAAGCUGAGGAUGUGUUCAACAAGAUGAAAGAUCUGGGGUUCCCGGUUACAACCUUUGCUUGCAAUCAGUUGCUUCUUCUAUAUAAAAGGUGUGACAAGAAGAAAAUUGCUGAUGUCCUCUUGUUGAUGGAGAAAGAAGACGUUAAGCCAUCUCUGGUCACAUAUAAGCUUCUGAUUGAUACUAAAGGGCAAUCAAAUGACAUUGAAGGGAUGGAAAAAAUUGUAGAGACAAUGAAGGAAGAAGGCAAAGAACCUGAUUUUGCGAUAAAAUGCUUAUUAGCUAAGCACUACACAUUUGCUGGGCUGAAGGAGAAAGCUGAGAACCUGUUGAAAGAGAUGGAAGGAAUAGAUAUAAAGGAGAGUCGUUGGGCCAUGUACUCUUUACUACCUCUGUAUGCAGAUCUAAAGAAAGCUGAUGAUGUUGGAAGAAUCUGGAAAAUUUGUGAACCUAAUCCACGAUUUCUCGAAUGCGUGGCAGCUAUUGAAGCUUGGGGUAAAUUAAAUAAAAUUGAAGAAGCUGAAGCUGUUUUCAAUACGAUGUCAAAGAAAUGGAGUAAGAUGUCAUCAAAGCAUUACUCUGCACUCUUGCAAGUGUAUGCCAAUCAUAAGUUGCUGGACAAAGGGAGAGAUCUUGUGAAGCGUAUGGCUGAGAGUAAUUGCAGAAUAGGGCCGUUUACUUGGGAUGCACUUGUUAAGCUUCAUGUUGAUGCUGGGGAGGUGGGAAAAGCUGAUUCCAUUCUGCAGAAGGCUACAGAACAGAAUAGCUUGAGGCCAUUGUUUACUUCUUUUAUGACUAUCAUGGAUCAGUACGCGAAAAAUGGGGAUGUACAUAAUGCAGAGAAGAUGUUCCACAGAAUGAGAAAGGUGGGAUAUGUAUCACGUGCUAGACCGUUUCAGUCGCUUGCGCAGGCCUAUAUUAACGCGAAGACUCCUGCCUACGGGUUCUACGACAGGAUGAGGGCUGACAAUAUCUUCCCAAAUCGCGCGUUGGCAGCUCAGUUGGCUCAGAUAGAUCCUUUUAAAAAAACAGCGGUUUCUGACUUGCUAGAAUGAGGUCGCUGCUCCUUUGUAAGCAAUAAGAUUUGCUUUCAUCCUAUUAGCUGCAUGAUAAUAUAUAUGAUUUUAGGUGGCAGAAUUAUUAAUACAUAAUAACUAUCAAACCUUUUAGGUCGUUUUGAAAGUACAAUAUGUUUAUUUUUCUUUUUUGGGUUUCAUUGUAGCGUCUCCUAGGAGUUGUUGCUUCAUGUUACAAAGUCUUCAAAUGAAAUCACAAUUGUCGAUUCAAAAUGAGGAAAAUGUUCAAAUAUAGUAUCCUGACUUUGCAGACAACCAAGAAAAGAGAUUUUGUUUAUUCCCCGUCCCAGAUUAACUACAAGAUGACAUCAUUUUUAGGACGGGGAAAGUAACAAAUAAAACAAAGAUCUUCUAAAGCAUUGAGGAUAUGGAUAUCAAGAACAGUUGAAUUCAACUGUUCCAGAAGAAUUCAUGAAUCCAAGUUUAGAAGAUCGCUGAUUGACUCAGGAUUUUCAAAG